CACUUGAGCGCCACUGCGCACGGCUGUCGCCUCUCUCCGCCACUCUUCUCCAGGAACAACUCUUUGUUUCUAACCUCCUUCUGUGGAAAAUACAGAAUCUGUUGAUGCGAUUUAGAGCUCACUUCAAGUUAAGGCGGCCGCGUCAAGUUAAUUUAAAUCCAAGCUUUGUUUGGCUCUGGGGAUAAUCGUGCAGGAUCUGCCGCGGAUACACUGAUACUCCUGCGUGCGGACAGAGGAGCUCAAAGGAUCUGGGGUGGAUGGUUUUAAAUGUUGACCAGCUUUAUCACAAUAUUCACUGGACGGAUAUAGAAGCUCCUGGACUCUCCUUCUCCUCUGUUAACAAACAGAGGGACAAUGUUGUGGGACAAACUGUGCUGGCUACUGGCCCUGCUGGCCUUAUCGUUCGGGGCGUUCCCCCCCUCCAACGAGCCCCUCUCCGCUCCCAGGAUCUUCCUGUCCUUCAAAGAGUUAAAGUCCACCGGCACCGCUCACCACUUCUCCUUCUUGCUGAACUCGACUGACUAUCGGAUUCUUCGCAUGGACGAGGACCACGACCGCAUGUAUGUGGGCAGCAAAGAUUACAUCCUCUCUCUGGACUUGCACGACAUCAACAAGGAGCCACUCAUAAUCCACUGGCCUGUUGCCCCACAGAGGAAGACUGAGUGUGUGCUGUCAGGGAAAGACACAAAUGGAGAAUGUGGAAACUUCAUCCGUCUGAUCGAGCCGUGGAACCGGACCCACCUGUAUGUGUGCGGAACAGGCGCGUACAACCCCAUCUGCACCUACGUGGACCGAGGACGCAGGUCACAGGGGUCCCACUACCUACAGGCACCCCAAUCUGGAGGGAGAACAAGUCGGGCAGCAGACUUCAGCACUACAUCAGAGCCUUUGGAGGCGAAGGAAUACAUUUUCCGACUUGAACCUGGUAAAGUGGAUUCUGGGAAAGGAAAAUGUCCUUAUGACCCCAAACUGAACAGCGUCUCCUCUUUGAUCAAUGGAGAGCUGUACGCAGGAGUCUACAUCGAUUUCAUGGGAACAGACUCUGCUAUCUUCCGUACGCUGGGGAAGCAGACAGCCAUGAGGACGGAUCAGUACAACUCCAGAUGGUUAAACGAUCCCACAUUCGUCCACGCACACCUCAUCCCAGACAGUGCUGAAAAGAAUGAUGACAAGCUCUACUUCUUCUUCCGCGAGAAAGCCUCUGAGAUGGGCCAGAGUCCCAUGACCCAGUCCAGGAUAGGGCGGAUCUGCCUGCAGUGA